AUUUCAGACAGUAUCUUUUCAAUCGUCUCCUGGGUUGUGUUACAAGCGUGUUUCCUUUCGAAAAUGCGAAAAAUAAUUUCGCUAGUUUUGCUUCUGGCAUUUACCCAACAGCCUUCUUUAGCCUGUGAUGGCACGGUUAGGCAGUCUAGUGGGGACUCCCGUGAGUGGUGGCAGUCGGCACAGUUCUACCAAAUCUACCCGCGCUCCUUUAUGGACUCCAAUGGUGAUGGUAUUGGUGACCUUGCUGGCAUCACUUCGCGUUUAAACUAUUUGAAGGAUUUGAACGUUACUGCCGUUUGGCUCUCGCCCAUCUACACUUCACCAAUGGCCGAUUUUGGCUACGAUAUUGCUGAUUUUUUCGAUAUACAACCCGAGUAUGGAACAUUGAAUGACUUCGACAACCUUGUGCAGGAGGCUAAUAAACUUGGACUGAAAGUGAUUUUGGAUUUCGUGCCGAAUCACUCGAGUGAUGAGAACGAAUGGUUUAAGAAGUCAGUGCGCCGUGAGCGUGGCUACGAAGACUACUAUGUGUGGCACGAUGGCUAUAAAAAUGAAAGCGGUGCGCGUGUACCGCCGAGUAAUUGGCUACAAGCUUUUCGUGGUUCUGCCUGGGAAUGGAACGAGGAGCGUCAACAAUACUAUCUCCAUCAAUUUGCGGUCAAACAACCUGACUUGAACUACCGCAACCCCGCCGUAGUCGCGCAAAUGAAGCGCGUUCUCACUUAUUGGCUGGAUCGCGGUGUUGCUGGUUUCCGUGUAGAUGCCGUACCUUGGUGCUUCGAGGUAUUACCGGACGAGACUGGCCGCUACCCUGAUGAGCCGAAGAGUGGCUAUACCGAUGAUCCUGAUGAUUCCAGCUACCUGUUGCAUAUAUAUACCCAAGAUCUACCGGAAACCGUAGAUAUGGUUUAUCAAUGGCGCAAGCUGCUGGAUGAUUAUCAACGCAUUCAUGGUGGGGAUAGGCGGGUGCUGCUUACUGAGGCCUGGUCACCGCUAGAUUACGUAAUGAAAUUCUAUGGCAACCGCACGACCGAAGGCGCACAAAUGCCAUUCAAUUUCCAGUUCAUUGUUGGCGGUAAUUCAGAUAAGAACAAUACAGAUUUGCCAGCGCCUGGGUUCGUGAAGAUCAUCAGCAGUUGGUUGGAUAAUAUGCCGAGCGGCCACACAGCCAAUUGGGUGAUGGGCAACCACGAUCAGCGGCGUGUGGGCAGCCGCUAUGGAGAGGGACGUAUUGACCUCAUGAAUAUGCUACAGAUGUUCCUACCGGGUGUUAGUAUAACCUAUAUGGGCGAAGAGAUUGGUAUGACCGAUUUGGACAUCUCUUGGGAAGAUAGUCGCGAUCCCGCUGCCUGCAAUUCAAAUGCGAAUAUUUACGAACAAUUUACACGCGAUCCCGCGCGUACGCCCUUCCAAUGGAACAAUAGUGCCAAUGCGGGUUUCUCCACCAACAGCACAACUUGGCUGCCCAUCAAUCCAAACUAUGUGACUGUCAAUGUGCAGACCGAGGAAGAAGCGUCAAAGAGUCAUCUGACAAUUUACAAUCAGCUGGUGGCUUUACGCAAGACAAAAACACUGCAGCAAGGCGAUGUCAGCUAUGCAGCUAUUGGCGAUAAUAUUUUGGCCAUUAAGCGUUUCUUGAAAGAUGAAAAGACAUACCUUUUAUUGGCCAACGUGCUGGACUCGGCUGUCACCGCGGACCUUAGCGAUGUACUGCGUGUCAGUGGCAACUUCAACACUACCAUAACAAAUAUGUUAUCGACCAGAAAAGAAGGUGACGUCGUGGCCGUCAACAAUGUGCCGUUGGGUGCCUAUGAGGCGAUCAUAGUGGAAUCGAUGUGAAGUAGCGUGCUGUGAGUGUGAGAAGUUGCGGAAAAUCAAGUAUUCUUUAAUUUAGUAUUAAACCAAAAAUUAUUAUUAUUUUAUUUUAAA